UGGGCUGUGAAACAUCUCAGUUGCUGUGUGGAGAGAUUUGACGGAGGGACGCUCCUGUGCGUGGACCCAUCAGCGCGCCGCAAACCGCCGCCCGUUCGCGCACACACACGCAUGUAACGCCUCGGUGGACUCCGGACAGCCGCAUGUGAAUAUUUGGGAUUUGCAUUUGAGGAGAGGAGGAACUGGUCGCCGGGUCCGUGGCUGUUUGUUUCUCUCUUUUUUUAUCGCUCCCCCUCCUCCCCCUCUUCCCUCCUCCCAUGUCACUCUAAUUAAUCGGAGGCAUGUGGAAUCGCACCAGGAUUAGGAAUUGCUUCCCAAUAGUGCUCCUGCUGUUGGCGGUAUGGACGGAGGUGUCCCGGUCCACCGGCUAUUUCGAGCUGCAGCUGAUUUCCGUGGAGAACCCGAACGGUGAGCUGGCGGACGGCGAGUGCUGCGACGGAGCCCGGAGCUCCCAGGACCUGCGCUGCAGCCGCGACGAGUGCGACACCUACUUCAGAGUGUGCCUGAAGGAGUAUCAGAUAGAGGUCAACACCGGAGGCGCGUGCACGUACGGGAGCGAAUCUAUGCACGUUCUUGGUGGAAAUAUGUUUUCUUUUAAGAGCGCCACGAAGAACAACGAAGCUGGCAAGGUUGUGAUCCCCUUCCAGUUCGCGUGGCCGCGGUCGUACACGUUGAUUGUGGAGGCCUGGGACUGGGACAACGACACACGCAACAACGAGGAGCUGCUGAUCGAGCGCGGCGCUCACACCGGCAUGAUCAACCCCGGAGAUCCCUGGCAGACCAUCCUUCACGACGGGCCGGUGGCUCGCCUGACGUAUCGCAUCCGGGUCCGCUGUGACGAGAACUACUACGGGAACAAGUGUAACAAGCUGUGUGUUCCUCGGGACGACUACUUUGGCCACUAUCGCUGUGAGGCCUCUGGGGCUCAGGUGUGCUUGGAUGGAUGGAUGGGGCAGGAGUGCAGGACAGCGAUCUGCAAACAAGGCUGCAACCUGUUGCAUGGUGGAUGUUCUGUUCCAGGGACAUGCGUCUGUAACUACGGAUGGCGGGGCCAGUUCUGUGAUGAAUGUGUACUUCAUCCCGGUUGUGUUCACGGGACAUGCAACCUCCCCUGGCAAUGCAACUGUGAGAGGAACUGGGGUGGCCUGAUGUGCGAUAAAGAUCUCAAUUACUGCGGACGCCACCAGCCGUGUGUCAACGGAGGAACCUGCAUGAACACCGAACCAGACGAGUACCACUGCGCCUGUCCUCAGGGCUUCUCUGGGAAAAACUGUGAGAUAGCUGAGCACGCUUGUGUCUCCGCCCCCUGCGCCAACGGUGGUGUGUGUCACGAGGGUUCAUGGGGAUACGAGUGCCAGUGUCCGCCAGGCUGGGAGGGUCCAACCUGCACCAGCAACCUGGAUGAGUGUGCCUCCGGCCCGUGUGCGCAGGGUGGAACCUGCAUCAACCUAGAGGAUGGCUUCGAGUGUGUGUGCCCCCCGCAGUGGGAAGGGAAGACCUGCCAGAUCGAUACAAAUGAGUGUGCAGGACAGCCCUGUGUGAACGCUUACUCUUGCAAAAAUUUGAUUGGUGGAUAUCACUGCGACUGUUUCCCGGGAUGGUCCGGACAAAACUGUGACAUCAAUUUCAACAGCUGCCACGGUCAGUGCCAGAAUGGAGCUACCUGCAAGAAGGGCCCGAGGGGAUACCACUGCCAGUGUCCUCCUGGUUUCGUGGGCCCUAACUGUGAGAUCCGGAGGAACAAAUGCGACAGCCGACCCUGCCAGAAUGGCGGCCAUUGCCGCGCCGUGUCCGACAGCUUCGUCUGUGAAUGUCCAGCAGAGUUUGGUGGCCAGCUGUGUGAGAUCUCUAACUGGGCUUCCUCAGAUUCCUGUGAUCCCGACCCCUGCAAGAACGGGGCCACGUGCCACAGCAUGGACCAGGACUUCUACUGCGCCUGUCCCGAAGGCUUCGAGGGAAAGAUGUGCGAGCGACACAAAGACGACUGCCAAGCGACGCCAUGCCAAGUUAUUGACAGCUGCACCGUUGCUAUAGCAACCAACGAUUCGGCCGGCGAGCAGCAUGUUCCCUCAAAUGUCUGUGGUCCACGAGGGCUCUGCAUCAGCCACCCUGCAGGAAACUUCAGCUGCGUCUGUGAUCCAGGCUUCAGUGGCAUCUACUGCCAUGAAAACAUCAACGACUGCAUCAGCAACCCCUGCGGAAAUGGAGGAACCUGCAUCGACCGCAUCAACACCUUCCAGUGCUUCUGUCCGGACGGCUGGGAGGGUCAGCUCUGUGACCUCAAUGUCAACGAGUGCGGACACAACCCCUGUAAAAAUGGCGGACGCUGCGUCGACCUGGUGAACGACUUCUACUGCGAAUGCACAGAUAACUGGAAGGGCAAGACCUGCCAUUCCCGUGAGAACCAGUGUGAUGAGACCACCUGCAGUAAUGGUGGCACCUGCUACGACCAUGGUGAUGCCUUCCGCUGCUCCUGCCCACCUGGCUGGGGAGGAAACACGUGCAACACAGCCAAGAACAGCACAUGUGCCUCUAGUCCAUGUUCCAACGGUGGGACGUGUGUCGGAGGAGGAGACACCUUCUCCUGCAUCUGCAAGGAGGGCUGGGAGGGCCCCACCUGUCAACAAAACACAGAUGACUGCAAUCCUCACCCAUGUUAUAAUGGUGGCAUCUGUGUGGAUGGAGUCAACUGGUUCCGCUGUGAGUGUGCUCCUGGUUUCGCCGGACCCGACUGCAGAAUCAACAUAAACGAGUGCCAGUCUUCUCCCUGUGCCUAUGGAGCCACCUGUGUGGACGAGAUCAACGGCUUCCGUUGCAUCUGUCCUCUUGGUAGAUCAGGAUCACGAUGCCAAGAAUUCAUUGGCAUUGGCAAACCUUGCCACUAUGCUGGUCUGCAGUUUCCCCACGGCAGCCAGUGGGAGGAGGAGUGCAACAACUGCCACUGCUUCAAUGGCAAAGUGCACUGCACAAAGGUGGUGUGCGGUCGCCGUCCCUGUCGGCUCCAACCAUCAGACCAGGACCAGAGACAGAAGUCCUGCCCAGCUGGACAGGAGUGUCUGGAGCACAGCUACUACACCUGCUUCUCCCCUCCUUGCAACCAGUGGGGGGUUUGCUCCAUGGCUGGACCUACACCUUCACAAACAACCACAAAGUGCCAGCCAAACGGCGGCCAUUUGGACAACAGCUGUGGCCGUAUAACUCUCGUUUUCAACAGAGACAAAAUACCGCCGGGGACCACAGUGGAGAAUAUCUGCUUUGAGCUGAGGUAUCUUCCUGACACAAGAAACUUGUCAAAAGACCACGCUCUUCUUCUGCUCUGUGACCUCUCUCGUUCCAGUCAGGACGCUGUAGAAGUAGCAAUAUCUUUCCAGCCAGAGAACCUCCCAGAUCACAGUCUGAUCCAGGAGGCUGCCAGUGCCAUUGUGGGCACUUUAUCGAAGCGACACAACAGCACCAUCAUGCUGGCAGUCAUCGAGGUCAAAGUGGAAACACAGGUCAUGCCCUCAUCAGUGGAUCACCUGGUGCCUCUUCUGUGUGUCGUCUUCUGCCUGCUCUGCUUGUUCUGCAUCAUCGUCUGUGUUUGGUGGACGCGCAAGCGAAGAAAAGAGCGGGAGAGAUCCGCGCAAGCGGCUACUGACGGCAACGUGAACAACCACUGGGAGCCACUGCGGCUCGUUGUGGGACGUCAGCCGCAGCAGCAACAGCUGAAGGACAACAACAGGGAGGCCGAGCAGGAGCGCAAGAAGCUCAUGGGCUCCUCCUGUCGGACGUGUGAUGAGGAGGAGGAGGAGGGGGAGGAGACGGAGGGGGAGCUUGAGCUCGAGGAGGAGUGCAGUGGAGCCGAGGUGGGAAAACAGCUUGUUUAUAAGUACUCUAAGACUGUUGCGCAGUCCAGCGGGGGUGUGAUCUGUACCCUGCACAGCUCCAGUUCACCCCCCAAAGCACCCCACCGGACCCAAGGCUACAGUCCUAAAGACAACCGCUGGAAAAAUGUCAGCACCAUCUUCACCGGUCCGAAAGAGCUCCGAGACCACUGUGUAUAAGACAUUUAAACGGAGUGCAGAAGCGAGAGGCUGCGAGGCAGCGACUGUUCUGUUUGGGACUUCUUUUGGAAAGGGAAAAAUGAGGCUUUGUGUUUUUAGAAGCCGCUCUUUGCUUUUGUUAGUUUUCGUCACUGUCGCCGAAAGCGAUUCAGGAGCACAGUGAACGUCUUGUUUUUCGCUUCAAAUUUUUUUUUUCAUAUAAAGGAAGUUAAAAUGUAAAGAUAUUCAGGAAGCAAGAGAUGCUUCCUGCUUUUUUUGUUAUGGAUUUAAAGAAUCGUUAUGGAGUUAAAAAAAAAAGAAGCUGUAUAAAGAUUGUUUACAGAUGAUUUUUUUUUGUUUAUCAGUGGGCUCCUGUUCCAUGUCUGUGGGGGUGUUCACACAUCGGCGAGACGGUAGGAAGGGUUUAGAAGAAAACAGACUUCUCUUCCAGCUUCGCCCACCGAUCCACCUGUGGCUGUCAUGCACACGCCUUACCAAAACCUUAGCCUGGAGGGGAGAGGGGACGGAAACCCCAGUGCCUACUACGUGGCCUUCCAUUAUUAUGAUUGAUUAUUAUUAUUAUUAUUAUUUUGCUCCUGUCUCCCAGUUGUCUUGGCUGAAAGCUGUAUUUGAGACUUUUUUUGCAGUAUUUGAGUUGGUAGCAAGUGCCUUUCUGAGACCUGCGUUGUGGCUCCGAGUCACGCUGCCCAGCUUGACCUCCUAGUUCUGAUCUCAAAGGGACGCGUGUACAUUUCAGAGUUCGGUUUCCACAGCAACGCCAUUCAAGGUAUUUGAUCAAAACAGAAAAUACGCUGUACAUACCUGUAAAUACUCAAGGAGUCGCUGUGUAUAUUUGAAAUAAGUAACUUAAAGACAAGUCACACAUUUUUAUUAUUAUUUUUAUUUUUAUUUUUUUACAAUGUCAUUCCUUUUUAUUUAUGUCCGUUGAAAAGCAGGUUUUUAAGGCUUAAUCUCAAAAGUCCCACCGUUGACCCUCCCAGCGAGGUACCACCAAAGAAGGAUUUUUGAAGGGUUCCCAAACGGUUUGCAUUUUUCUUUUCCACCCUACGUUAAAACCGGAUCAGUUUGAUGCAUACAGGCACAAUCUUUACUUAAUUUAUUUUGUACGUUUGCAGAAUCGUUUCAACGCUGCUAUUAAAGUCAUCUCAAAGCUUUUGUGCCGUUUCUAAACCCGUCAAAAACCCUUCUCAUUUCGGGUGCCUUGACGUAAUAAUUUAUUACAUUUAUUUGUGUUAUCAAUGCUCCUCUUUGUUUUUGUUGUUGGUUUGUUUUCUUUUUAAAGAAACUGUUUGGAGUGUUUUAAUCGCCGGAGUAAAGCACUCUCCUCCUCCCACUUUUGCUUGUCCAUCAUGGAGAUUCCUGAAAUCAAAGCAAUUCCACCACAACUGUUCCCAACGUUACGAAUGUGUUUAUUGAAAUGCGGAGGUGGCGCGCUAGCUUCAGGUUUGGUUCGAAGGCUUUAAUGCAGGGAACAACGUUUGCAGACGUCUAGUUGGGUUUUCGUUCUGCCAUCAUGUUUCACUAAGUUCCCAACUCUGUUUCAGAUGAAAGUUUCACCCCUUUUCAGAUUGUGUCAUUGUUAAAAACAAAGCGCCAUUGUAUUUCUGUAAAUGGGACACAGCAAAAUAAAAGAAUUUAAGAUGCA